UCAGAAAACUUAACCUCUAUAAACAAUAAUAUUUUUUAAUUUUUCUUUUAAGAGUAAUGAAACAUUUUGCAGAUAGUAUUUAUACAACCUUAAUUUUAAUAUCAAUUUUAACGGCAUGGGCGCUUGGGAAUAAUACGUGUUGGAAUAAAAAUGAGGGCGACUGUGGAGUUAAUAAAAUCGAUAAAUACUCUAAAGAUGCAAAUCUCUAUCAUAAGUACUUGGAAUUGUUUAAUGAUGCCAAGAGGAACUAUAUACCAUGUGAAGAAAGUAAAUGCUCCUGCUAUGCAUCUGUAAUAGGUGAAGAUCUAAAACCUUUCAGUAAUGGGAUAACACAACAAAUGAUGGAACAAGUAAAGUCUAAGGGCACAAAAUAUCAGAUCAUCAACAAUCAACUUUACCGUGACGAAUACUGCAUGUUUCCUGCUCGGUGCCAAGGUGUAGAACACUUUUUAUUGGAAUUAUUAUCCAAACUACCCGAUGUUGAAUUUAUCCUUAACACCAGAGAUUGGCCACAAAUACACAAGAAAGGAGGAAUAGUGUCACCAGUAUUUUCCUUUAGCAAGACAUCAGAUUAUUAUGAUAUAAUGUACCCAGCAUGGUCAUUUUGGGAAGGGGGACCUGCUAUAAGUUUAUAUCCCAGAGGAAUAGGUAGGUGGGAUAUGCAUAGGAACAGAUUGGGGAAAUUGGGAAAUAGUACAAAAUGGUCAGAUAAGCUUUCUAAGGCAUUCUUUAGAGGAUCCAGAACUAGUUCUGAAAGGGAUCCGCUUAUUCUUUUAUCCAGAGAGAAUCCCGAUAUGGUUGAUGCUUCAUACACAAAGAAUCAAGCAUGGAAGUCAGACGCCGAUACUCUACACGCUCCUCCAGCCAAGGAAGUAUCAUUUGAAGAACAUUGCCAGUACAAAUACCUCUUUAAUUUUCGAGGAGUAGCAGCAAGUUUUCGCUUCAAGCACAUGUUCUUAUGCAAAUCUUUGGUGUUCCACGUGGGAGACGACUGGCAAGAAUUCUUCUAUGCCUCUCUAAAACCAUGGGUUCAUUAUAUUCCUAUAAAAGCCAAUGCUAGUAAACAGGAAAUUCAAGAAGCGUUGGAAUUCGCCAUCAAUAACGACGAUAUUGCAAAGGAGAUCGCCGAAAAUGGUUAUAAGUUUAUCUGGAAUAAUUUAAAAAUGUCGGAUGUUCGUUGUUAUUGGAAAAAGUUGAUUAAGAGAUAUGCUAAACAUUUAACUUACAAACCAUCACUUGAUAAAAAAAUGAUCCACAUCAAGGAAAAAUAAAUUACCUUGAACUAAACAAUUUGAAUGUUGUGUUUACUAUUCGAUGUGACCAGAGUAAGUCAACUUGACGAAGUAAGAGUACUGAAAGUUAACUACAGUUAUAUAGUGCUGUCACCAAAGGAUUUCACGUCCGAUUUCGUUGAACUUCCAUCGAUUUUCAUGAAAAUUGGUGAGUAGUUAGAAGAUGAUGACAUGGUGCCAACUUCCGCUUUUACCCUGGGGGUGGAUGCUACCCCUUCUCGGGG